GGCAUUCGGAAGAUGCUCGCGCUGGCAGCUUGCAUGGCCCUUCUGGGCUGCCUGCAGGCCCAGGAGCUCCAGGGGCAUGUCUCCAUAAUCCUGCUGGGAGCAACUGGGGACCUGGCCAGAAAGUACUUAUGGCAGGGGCUGUUCCAGCUCUACCUGGAUGAGGCUGGGAAGGGCCACAGCUUCAGCUUCCACGGGGCUGCGCUCACCGCCCCCACACAGGGCCAGCAGCUCAUGGACAAGGCCCUGGAGACCCUCUCCUGCCCCCAGGACAUGGCCGCCAGCCACUGCGCUGAGCUCAAGGACCAGUUCCUGCAGCUGAGCCAGUACCGCCAGCUGAAGACGCCUGAGGACUAUCAGGCUCUGAGCAGGGACAUUGAGGCACACAUCCAGCAGGAGGGCCUCCGAGAGGCUGGAAGGAUCUUCUAUUUCUCGGUGCCACCCUUCGCCUAUGCAGACAUUGCCCGCAACAUCAAUAGCAGCUGUCGCCCGGGCCCAGGUGCCUGGCUGCGGGUUGUCCUUGAGAAACCCUUUGGCCAUGACCACAGCUCAGCCCAGCAGCUGGCCACGGAACUUGGGAGCUUUUUCCAGGAGGAGGAGAUGUACCGAGUGGACCAUUACCUUGGCAAGCAGGCCGUGGCCCAGAUCCUGCCCUUCCGAGACCAGAACCGCAAGGCCCUGGACCAUCUCUGGAGCCGACACCACGUAGAGCGGGUAGAGAUCAUCAUGAAGGAGACAGUGGAUGCAGAAGGCCGCACCAGCUUCUACGAGGAGUAUGGUGUCAUCCGAGACGUCCUGCAGAACCACCUGACGGAGAUCCUUACCCUUGUGGCCAUGGAGCUGCCCUCCAAUGUCAGCAACACAGGGGCCGUGCUGCGCCACAAGCUGCAGGCCUUCCGGGCGCUGCGGGGCCUGCGGAGGGGCAGCGCCGUGGUGGGCCAGUACCAGACCUACAGCGAGCAGGUGCGCAGGGAGCUGCAGAAGCCAGACAGCUUCCAGAGCCUGACACCAACCUUCGCAGGUGUCCUCGUUCACAUUGACAACCUUCGCUGGGAGGGUGUCCCCUUCAUCCUGAUGUCUGGCAAAGCCUUGGACGAGAGAGUGAGCUACGCGCGGAUCCUGUUCCGGAGCCAGGCAUUCUGUGUGCAGAGUGAGAGGCACUGGGCCGAGGCUCAGAGCCCAUGCCUGCCACAACAGGUCAUCUUCUACAUUGGCCACGGUGACCUGGGCAGCCCCGCCGUGCUGGUCAGCAAGAACCUGCCCAGGCCCACGCUGCCCUCCGAGAGCUGGAAGGAGGUAGAAGCCCGGCCUGGGCUCCGCCUCUUCGGCAGCCCUCUGUCUGAUUUUUACGCCUACAGCCCCGUGAGGGAGCGGGACGCCUACUCCAUCCUCAUCUCCCACAUCUUCCACGGCCGCAAGGACUCUUUCAUCACCACGGAGAAUCUGCUGGCCUCCUGGCACUUCUGGACGCCCCUGCUGAAGAGCCUGGCCCAGGAAGCCCCACGUCACUACCCGGGAGGAGACGAGAGUGGGCACCUCCUGGACUUUGAGUUCAGUGGCAGCCAGUUGUCCUUCUCCCAGACGCAGCCAGAGCAGCUGGUGCCCGGGCCUGGUGCUGCCCCAAUGCCCAGUGACUUCCGGGUCCUCAAGGCCACGUACCGUGAGAGCCCACUGAUCUUGGCCUGGGCUGAGGAGCUGAUCGCUAAACUGGCCAGUGACAUUGAGACCAUGGCCACCCGAGCGGUGCAGCGCCAUGGCACGUUCCACCUGGCGCUCUCGGGUGGCUCAAGCCCGGUGGCCCUGUUCCAGCAGCUGGCCCUGCGGCACUUCGCCUUCCCCUGGGCCCACACACACCUGUGGCUGGUGGACGAGCGCUGCGUCCCACCCACAGACCCGGAGUCCAACUUUCAGGGUCUGCAGGCCCACCUGCUCCAGCACAUCCAUAUCCCCUACUUCAACAUCCACCCCAUCCCGGUGCACCUGCACCAGCGGCUCUGUGCUGAGGAAGACCAGGGCACGCAGCUCUACGCUGGUGAGAUUGCUGCCCAGGUAGCUAACAGCAGCUUCGACCUGGUGCUGCUGGGCAUGGGUGCCGACGGGCACACGGCCUCACUCUUCCCCCACUCUCCCACUGGCCUAGAUGGGGAGCAGCUGGUCGUGCUGACCACAAGCCCUGUGCAACCACACCAGCGCAUGAGCUUCAGCCUGCCUCUCAUCAACCGGGCCAAGAAGGUGGCCGUCCUGGUCAUAGGCAGGAUGAAGCGUGAGAUCGCCAUGCUGGUCAGCCGCGUGGGCCAUGAGCCCAAGAAGUGGCCCAUUUCAGGGGUCCUGCCAACUUCGGGCCAUCUGAUAUGGUACAUGGACUACGAGGCGUUUCUGGGGUGA